CCGCGCGGAGGGGAGAGCGCGGGCGGAUCGGUGUGGUUACGCAACGCGCCCUCUACCUGCUCAGCAGCUCUGAGCGCAAGCUCAGCUGAUCGUCCGCCGCACAAGACAGGCGGCGAGCGGGGCUCCCCGGACGAUGGCGAGUCUGCACCACGUGGAGGUGUGCACGGCCAACGCGGCCCGCCUGCUGCGCCUCUUCACGGGCGGCUUCGGCUUCGGCUGCCUGGGCCGCCGCGUCACGCCCCGCUGCCUCCAGUGGGUGGUGCGCAGCGGCCACGCCACAUUCGUCAUCACUCAGAAGCACCGGCAGGUGCCGGCCGACGCUCCCACCGACGCGCGGUUCGCCAGCGGCGAGCCGUGGACGCUCUUCUGCUGCGCGGACGGCCCCCAUCGGCGCGACUCCGUCUUUAACGUGGCGCUGAGCGUGCGCGACGUGUGGCGCACGGCCGAGCGCGCGGCCCGCGCCGGCGGCCGUCUGCUGCAGCCGCCAGUGCGCGUGACAGACCAGCUGGGCAGCGUCGAGUACGCCGUGGUCGGCUCCGUCUGCGGCAACCUGGUGCACACGCUGCUCAACCGGGAUCGCUACACGGGCGCGUUCUUGCCGCGCUUCGGCAGCGGGGGGAGCGCGGCGACGGUGGAAGACGACGGCGCGGGGCGCGACGACGAGCACGUGGACCACGUGACGCUGACAUGCCGCCGGGGGGAGAGCACGGCGCUGGUCGACUGGUACCGGCGGGUGUUCGGAAUGAGGAGGUUUCGACUGAACAGUGAGGACAGCGAGGCGGACGGCGUGCGGCUGGAGGGCGACGUGGGGAUGGCGCUGAAGGCCAUGGAGUACUGGCGCUGCGCGGAGACUGGGCUCAGCUCGCCGCCGACCUCCGACCGAGAGCCGACGCUCAAGUUCGUGAUCGCCGAGAGUCUGCAAGACGGUUCGCACGUGGAGACCUUCAACCGUGAGCACGGCGGUCCGGGCGUGCAGCACAUCGGUCUGCACACGCGCCACAUCGCCGGCCGAGUCGGCGAGAUGGCGCGCCGCGGGGUGCGCUUCCGGAAGCCGCCGGCCGCCUACUACAGCCAGACGGGUAAAGGUGACGAGAUAUCUAGAGCGGGCGUCUGCGGAGACGAGCUGAGGCUGUUUCAGCAGCUGGGACUCCUGCUGGACUCCGAGGCCGACGAGGACUCGCACAUGGGCAACAGGUACCUGACACAGGUAUUCAGCGAGCCGCUGUUCGAGGAGGACACCUUCUUCAUGGAGGUGCUGGAGCGGCGGGGAGCGCGCGGCUUCGGCCAGGGCAACAUCACAGCUCUGGCGCGCUCCAUAGUGGAGGACCAGCGCCAGAGGCGGGAGGCGGACGCCUCAUGACCGUCGGCCCGACCCGACGUAGGCCGCCUAGCUCAGUGGACAGAUGACCGUCGGCCCGACCUGACGUAGGCCGCCUAGCUCAGUGGACAGAUGCUUUACAUAUCAAAGGUGUGCGUCGAUUGGACGAGCGCUGAACUGGACGUUCUGUCCUGUUCAGAGGGGCGCUCCACAACGGGGACUGUCGGUUAUGCAGAGCCGCGCUGCCGUGACUUGUGUCUCAGUCCAUCACCCCGAUCGACACAGGUCUGCUGUCGCAUACGAUGUGACCUUGGGAUGCUGCUGUCUCCGACAGAGCCCACGUAACCCACGUCCCGGCCGGGCUGCACGGCGCCUCUGAGAGACGCGGUUCCCCAGAGUAGUGCGCGUGUCUGCGUGACCGAUAGACGCCGAUUCCACGUCAACAGACUCCCACCAGCCAGACAGAGAGAGCUGCACGCCCUAUGUACAUGCACGACAGCUCACUGCCACAUGGCUCGCAUGACAGGUGUGGCGAUUGGAGGCAACUGUUGAUCGGGCUGUGCCUUCAUAAAAAAACGGCAGUCGCUGCAGCUGCACGGCCGUGUAAAACUCCGCUCCCCGGAGUGUCAAUACACCACCCA